CCCCCUUCCUUCCUGUACCCCGGUUGAGGAAGUGAAUUCGCUGACAAGGCUGGGUUCAGUGAGGGAGGCGAAACAACAUCUAUCUGGUGGGGGUAAAAACAACAAUAGCAUAGACGAACAAGUCGUACAAGCACAAUACAACGAACGUGUAAAGCCAUCGGCGAAAACAUAUUUGCCCUCCGAGAUCGUCACCGAGCGCCGCAGACAUGAAUGACCAGCAGCUGGAUUGUGCUCUGGACCUGAUGAGGCGUCUGCCUCCCCAGCAGAUCGAGAAGAACCUCAGUGACCUCAUCGACUUGGUGCCCAGUCUAUGUGAGGACCUGCUCUCCUCUGUGGACCAGCCUCUGAAGAUCGCCCGGGACAAAGUGGUGGGCAAAGACUACCUGCUCUGUGACUACAACAGAGAUGGCGACUCCUACAGAUCCCCAUGGAGUAAUAAGUAUGAGCCUCCCAUCGACGAUGGUGCCAUGCCAUCUGCCCGCCUGCGCAAACUAGAGGUUGAGGCCAACAACGCUUUCGACCAGUACAGAGACCUGUAUUUUGAGGGCGGUGUUUCCUCUGUAUACCUGUGGGACUUGGAUCAUGGCUUCGCCGGGGUCAUCCUCAUCAAGAAGGCCGGAGACGGCUCCAAGAAGAUCAAAGGCUGCUGGGACUCCAUCCAUGUGGUGGAGGUGCAGGAGAAGUCCAGCGGACGGACCGCUCACUACAAACUCACCUCCACUGUCAUGCUGUGGCUUCAGACGACCAAGACCGGGUCCGGAACCAUGAACCUGGGUGGCAGUCUGACAAGACAGAUGGAGAAAGACGAGACAGUUGGAGAGUCCUCCCCACACAUUGCCAACAUUGGCCGCCUGGUGGAGGAUAUGGAGAAUAAGAUUCGCUCCACUCUCAAUGAGAUCUACUUUGGGAAGACCAAGGACAUCGUCAAUGGCUUGAGGAGUGUUCAGACCCUGGCUGACAAAUCGAAGCAGGAGGCUCUGAAGAACGACCUGAUGUUGGCACUUAAACGCAAACAGCAAAGCUAGAGAUGCUAUUGUUAUUUUUUCUGUCUUUCUCUGUCUGUUCCUCUCCACCUCUCCCGCCAUAUUUGUUUCUGUUUCUGUUUGUAUCUCUCCUUCCAUCCCUGUAUGCCUGUUUCAGUGCUGCGUCCUUGUUCAUUCAUGGAAAAACAAAAAAAGGAGAAAAAUGCUUAGCUUUUUCCCCAUUUUUUUUAUUUGCACGCAUUGUUUUGAGGCAUCUCAUUCUCUAUGGAGCCAUUCACCUUCUCGCUCUCUCUGACUUGUUAUGAAUAUUAUGAUAGUAUUAUGACGGUUAAUGAUAAUCUUACAGUGUGACGGCAAUGUUUUUAUCCCUAUAGCGCUCUCACAGCUGAGUCAGUUUUGAAUGAGUGACAUCGGCUCUCCUAUCCUCUGGUUAAGGGACGGGGCUGACGGACUGUUCUGUAGAUGGAGCAGGCUGGGCAUUUAAACAUUACAUUUUUACCAACAUUUUCUUACUUGCACCCAUUAUAUCAAAGUGUCUAUGCCACCACCUUAUAUAUCUGUAUGGACAUAUAGCUGUCAAUUUCCUGAGCGACGUAUUGGAGGGAACGGAAUGGGAGAGGGCAUCUCACGAUAUUAUGUAUUGUCAGGAUUGGUCAACGGUUUGCUCUUUGUCCCACUCUAUCCUCAUGCGUUGAGUCUGUGGGAGCAUGGGGUCUUGGGAUGGCUAGAUGGAGAUGUAGACUGCUAAAACAUGGGGAUGGACUGUUAAAUUCACUGUGUAUACCCAUGUCAUUACCCCCCCCCCCCCCCCUACACUGUGUAUAACAUGACGAUUUGCAUCCCUCUGUCCCUCCCUCUCUCUUUCUCUCUUUCACCCUUGUCUAUGUUGGGGUUCACAGUUUGUCUUUUUGCAUCUUGACAGAAGCUUUUGACAGUUUCUGUUUUGGGGGGGAAUCUUUUGUUGUAUUUUGUUUUAAUUUUGUAAAGCUUAUGAUUCAUAUUGUAUUAGAGCCUCCAACAACAAUAAAAACAGUAAAAAGCUA